GUCAGCUGUAAAAUGUCACGGACUCAAUGUUGCAAUUCUCUUUUCCAUUUUUCUAAGUGUUUUGCAACGAUUUCGAGAAAAGUUUCGCUGUGGAUAGUCAUAUUGGACCUAGUAGAAUAUAUUUUAAUAGUUGUCUUGAGGAUCACGUUUACUCUACACGACCGUUUGCUUUAUUCGCACCGUGUUUCAUCUCUAGCCGUCGUUCAUCUAUGCUCCCUACAGUGAAAUGUCAUGACAAGACUGUCAGCUAGGGUAAAUGUCAAAGUUUUCUUGUAUGAAAAAGGAACAAUUUCAAUUUCGAACUUUAGCGUAAACCAAAUAAUUUAUUUUUGUGUAUCUGAGAAGGAAAAGUUGUGAUUUAAAAUGCCAGCUGAAAAACCACUGCUUCAAUGCUACAACAGGGGCUGCGGUCAAAAAUAUGAUCCUGACAAAAAUACAGAUGGUAAUUUUCUAGAAUGAGAUGGAAUUGCAAGUAUUGCCUAUGAAGUUUUUAAAUAUAGAUUUAUCCUUCACGUAUAUUAAACACUACGAGCACAAAAUUAUUUAAUACAUCACAUUUCUUUAUAGAAUCAUGCAGACACCAUCCUGGACUGCCAGUUUUUCAUGAUGCUUACAAAGGAUGGGGCUGCUGUAAUAAGAAAUGUACAGAUUUCACGGAAUUCUUGAACAUCAAAGGAUGUACUUUGUCCAAGCAUUCCAACAUCAAACCUCCAGAGCCAGAAAAGCCUGUGAUGAAAGAAGAUAUAGCAGAUACUCAGGUGGUUGAGGUUAAACCCAUUGUACCUCCUACAUUGGAAAGGCCGCCAGUUGACACUCCUAUGGUAAUAAUGAAGCCAAACAUAGCUCAAUCACUAAUGCAACAGCUUAACACUGCCCCACAACAACAGGAGAAGAAGGAAGUUCCAGAAUCAGAUGAAGUACAAAUUGGUACAACCUGCAAAAAUGGAGGAUGUCAAGUGACAUACCAGGGACCAGAUACUAACAACACUUUAUGCACAUACCAUCCUGGUGUUCCAAUAUUUCAUGAAGGAAUGAAAUAUUGGUCAUGUUGUCAAAAGAAAACCAGUGAUUUCAAUAGUUUCCUCAAUCAAGCUGGUUGUAACCAGGGAAAACAUUUAUGGAAGAAAGAUGAUGCUGAUAUGCAAACAGUGCAGUGUCGCUGGGACUUCCACCAGACUGCAACACAUGUAAUUGUCUCAGUAUAUGCUAAAAAGUACUGCCCUAAAGAAAGCUCCGUAAAAUUAAGUCCGGUCCGUUUGUGUUCAAGUCUGGUUUUUCCAGAACAGUCCAAUGCCACUUUUGAUUUAGACUAUGAACUACGUGGGAUUAUCGACGUGAACGCCAGUGAAGUGUCUAUGUUUGGAACCAAAGUAGAAAUAAAAAUGAAGAAAGCGGAACCAGGUGCUUGGGCGAAACUAGGAAGCCCUAUUGAGACGAAAGAUCAGAAAAAAGAAUUGAAAACAACUUCAGCUGUAGAUAACAUGACACCUCAAAUGGAAGCUGUUGAUCUAGAUGAUUUGUAAUCUUCUUUGUUAUUAUUUUGUGUUUAUUUGUAUAUAAUUUUUGAUUUAUACAUCGGAAUUGUGUAUUUUUUUUCUCAUUAUUUAGUGAUUCUGACACUUUACACAAUAAAUUGUUUAUUACUA